AAAUUAUACUUAAAUGCGAUAGCUCUCAAGGAUUAAUUGAUUUUGUAUUUCCAGAACUACAAGUACGAUAUCAAAAUGCUGCAUAUUUAAUUGAGAGAGCAAUUCUUGCUCCAAAGAAUAAAGAGGUCGACACACUUAACUCAGAAGUACUUUUUCAAUUUUCUAGUGAAGAAACAACAUAUUAUAGUGCAGAUUCUAUAGAUCAAAACUCUGAAAUAUAUAAUC